AUGCAAUUAGUAAUUUUGUAUUCUUUAUCAUUGUCAUCAUCUCUCACCAAUCACAGCGUGAAAAAGAAAUUAGCUUGCAUUUGUUAUGCACAAUUUUGUAAAGAACAUCAGCACCAGAUGAUGUUUCCAUCUACCACAGACCGGUACUUCUCCAGCCGAUCAAUUUUGUGUGUGGAUUUAUAUUUUGUUUGUGUAAUUCUCACCGGCAAUCGUGGCGAAUUAUGUUUGGAUGUUGUCUGCGUGAAGCGUCAAUUAGUGUAA